AGCCAUGACACCACCCCCCUUCCUUCUGCCUGUUGACCAUCUACUUGACUUCUUCCAUUUCUUUAUCCUCAAGGCUCUCUCAUCCAUCCUGAUCAAUCACAACAGGCACCAACCAAUGAUACAAGACAAAAAGGCCACACUCGAACCGGCCUAAAAAGAAGUUAAGAACCCAUUCCAAUCGAACCGCCGGAAGGAUCCUCCAGAGAGCGAUCGAUCGAGAUAAAAAGAUGCCAUCGGCACCGUGGAAGGCAUACUGUAAUACCUUCCUCGGUGAAAUUUCCUCGCUGAGUUUCGACCCAUACACCGAUUUACUAUGGACAGCCAAUCCCAGCGGAACCGUCGUCUCACACUUCUUACCUACAACCACCCUCCCACCAUCCGAUCAGGAUCGAAGAAUCACCCGCUACACCUCUUUCAAGUCUCACACCUACCGAUCCCCUUCCACUGAACUCCUGCUCGCCGAACGUGGGGUCUUGAGCUUGGCCGACAAAAGCCUCAAGUUUACCAAUCGCAGGGGUAUCCCAUAUUGGUUCUUAUCAACGGCCUUUCAAGAUGCUUGCUCCAUGGCAUUCACCGCUCCCAAAUCCGCCGAACUCAUCAUCGGGGGUGCCAAGCCGGAAUUGGUACUACUCAAUGCCAGCACCGGUGCACUGGUUCGCAGGAUCGACAUCAGUCAGUCGGGCAAAUCCACCCUGAAUUCGGCACAGCCAUCCACCGGGUUCUCUCCAACGACUCACCUCAGAAGAUCUCAAUCCCUCAUCUGCUGUGGUGCGCGUUCGGGUACGGUCACUCUACGCGAUCCGGUCACCCUUAAGGAGGAACAUUCGAUGAUGACUCAUUAUGCUGGAUUGGAACAGAUGGAAACUGAAGGUAACUAUCUCGUUACAUGCGGAUAUUCACUCAAACAGGGACACCCCGUACGUGAUCCGCUCGUCAAAGUCUUUGAUGUUCGGGCCCUCAGACCUCUAGCACCGAUCACUUUUUCCUCCAGUCCGGCCCACGUUCGAUUCCAUCCUCGCAUGUCGUCCACCCUCUUUAUCACUUCUUCCACCGGACAACUUCAAAUCAUCGACUUGGCUCAUCCGAUCCCAAACUCUUCCUUCUACCAACUGGAUGUGGGCACUUUCAUCACGGACAUGUGUAUAUCGAGCUCUGGAGAUGGACUAGCUUAUGCCGAGGCAGAUGGAGUUGUACACCUUUGGACCACUGCUGUGGGCGAAAUGGAUCUAGGAGACGAAAGCGUCCGAAGUAAUACAAAACCCAUCAAAUGGAGUCGAGGUAAUAUGCCGAUUGCGUUACCAGAUUCAGUCGAGGAAUCUGCUCCGGUCCAAUGGACAGACGAAACUCCGCUUAGUUCGAUCGGCAUGCCAUACUAUUCAACCGAGCUGUUUUCAGUCUUGCCAAGUGAAAAUUACAUUACCCCAUACUCCCCUCUUUACCAACGCAGAGCACUCCCAGAUACCGAUCUCUCCGUGCGUGCCUCUCAUCAUCAGUCCUCUAAUACGACCCAUGAAGUUUUUGACGGGGGCGGGCAGAAGUUCGAAGUUCAAUACAUCUCAAAUCCUAAGAAGACAAAACGCUACCAAGCCAGUCUGCCCACCCAGCCGAUCGUCUCCUCGUCUGGUCGUUCUGCAACUGCCAGAGUAGGUUCACCAUCCCAGAAUCUAGGCCAAUUGAUCCCCAACUCGAAACGGAAACUCAGCAUCCCUCUCUUCAGAAGCGAGAAGGAAAAAGAAAAGGCCAAAACGCUAGGUCGGGGUAAGGCUCACAUGGAAGCUAACCUUGUCGGAAACGAGUCCGAAAGAGAUGAUGAGAUUUCCUUUGAUAUGAGUCUCGAUGAUUUUCAUGAAAUGCCCAAAUGGUACCGUCAAGUCGAAAUCAAGUACAGUAAAUUCGGCAUCGAGGACUUCGACUUUGGCUUUUACAAUAAUACUCAAUAUAGCGGUCUUGAGACUCACAUUGUGAAUUCAUACACCAACUCACUCUUGCAGGUCCUGUACCACACACUCCCCGUUCGAAAAGUAGCAGAAUCACAUAUAGCUUUAUCCUGUACAACGCAGAAUUGCAUGCUAUGUGAAUUAGGGUUCUUGUUCAAGAUGCUUGAUGAUGCCCAGGGAGUCAAUUGCCAAACCAGCAACUUUUCACGGGCCUUUUCGAUCAAUCAAAGAGCAAUUGCCUUGGAGUUAAUGGACCAUCAACAUCAAGAGUUCUGCUUACAUCAAAGUCAAAUCAUGCCUCGACUCGGCGACCAAUCGACGAAUACCCAGAAGAUCCCGAUCUCAAGCAAAUCCUACUCGAGUCUCAUCCAGCUCUGUCAUCACUUCUUACUCGACCAAAUUGCCGAAGACGCUAGUAAGAUCUCGACCGAUUAUCCCUUCGAGAGUUUGCGCUCCCAUCCGAUCAACACGCAAAUCAGGACGACCAAUAGCACGACCUCAGUUGCAACGAUCUCCAACCAUCUUCUGCCGUCCCCGAUCGGAGACAUCUACACGACCCGAUGGCAGACCACCCAAAGCUGUCCUUCGUGCCACCACCAGAUCUCGCGCACCUCGUUCACGAAAGUGAUCGAGAUGACCUACCCGCGCAAGGCGCUCUCGAAUGAGCCCAAGCCAAGCACCGAUUUCUGUUCAAUCCUAAAGAACUCGAUGAUCCGCGAGACAACGGCUAAGUCGCUGUGUUCAAACUGUAACCAGUAUACCCACCAACGCUGGCGCAGACAGCCCGAUGAUCUGGGCGCUGGUAACAAAGCUCUUCCCACCGUCCUGGCACUCAAUACCGGCGUGACCAACUCGGAACAAUUCGAGAUCUGGCUCGACCGGCGCGCUAAAUCGGCCUUUGUAUCAUCAUCAUCAACCAAACCCGCAAAUCUUGAAGACGACAGCUCGAGUGUUAACGAGCAUUUCUUGCAGCCCGAAAUUGGCAUCUCCAUCGAGCCCCUUCCGGAUCUUCCUCAGGAGACCAACACCAGUUCUUCUUGCCGUAUUUCUAUCGGCGACAACCAUCCCAUCAAAAUCCCCCAGAACGCAGUGAUCUAUGAACUCAGAGGGUUGAUCGUACAAAUUCAGUCCGACGAUGAAACCCCCCAUCUUGUCUCCUUGAUCAAAGUUAAUAAUCAUCACAAAAUCACGAGUCCAAGUACUACUAGUACUACUCUUAACUUGGACGAUAAACCUCAAUCUGAAAAUGGUGCAGGUGCUGGAGCUUGGUAUCUGUUUAACGAUUUCUUGGUAAAGAAAGUCUCACAGGAGGAGGCCCUAAGUUUUCCUGCUUGCUGGAAGGUCCCUUGUGUACUCUAUUACGUCCGAAAAGAUUUUGAUGAGGUCUUGGAUUUCACUAAGUUACCUGCGAAUACCGUCGAUAAAUCGAUCCUUCUAAAAGAAAUCAAUUUAUCAAAAUGUAGGGAUGUUAAUAAAAUUCGACAUGAGGUGUUGAAGGAGGAUGAGUUGCCGAAAAAAGGUGAUCUGGUAGCGAUCGAUGCCGAAUUUGUUUCUCUACAACAGGAGGAAGUAGAUUAUAAAUCUGAUGGGACUAGGUUGGUCAGGAGGCCCAGUCAGAUGACACUUGCAAGGGUCUCCGUCCUCCGGGGCGAAGGAAGUAAAACUGGGGUGCCUUUUAUCGACGAUCAUAUCCAAACCUUCGAACCCAUUGCUGAUUAUCUGACCGAAUUUUCCGGGAUUCGUCCUGGCGAUUUGGAUCUUAAUGCUUCCCCUCAUACCCUCGUCCCCUUGAAAGUCGCUUAUAAAAAGUUGAGACUGCUCGUUGAUUUGGGUUGUAUUUUUAUUGGUCAUGGACUCUCCAAAGAUUUCCGAAUCAUCAACAUUCAUGUCCCGCCCUCUCAGAUCAUCGAUACAGUCGACCUGUAUUAUAUCGCAUCUCGACAGAGAAAGUUGUCAUUAAGACUCCUCUCCUAUCUGAUUUUGAGGCACGAUAUUCAAAACGCUGGAACUCAUGAUUCGAUCGAAGACGCACGGACAGCAUUACAGUUAUAUGAUAUUUACCGUCAAUUGAACAAUGAAGGCGUUUGGAAAGAUGAACUGGAGAGUGUUUAUAGAAAAGGAAAAGAAAUGGGGUGGAAAGUGCCUGCCGACAAACUCCGAUCGCCUCUUCCAGCUCCAGCUAUUCCACCAGCGCCUUCUCCAUGUACUUCGGCAACUCCCAAACCCCCAUCAUCAACAACCUCAUCUACAGUGAGUGGGCGUAAUACGGCAGUGCAGGCCCCGCGAUUUACUCCGUCGACACUAUCCGCCGCAUCGGCCACUUAUUUCCCACCCGCUGGUAUCGCUGCCUCUAAACCUCCCAACUCGCGCUCAUUACAGCCUGUCGUGCGACAGACCCUGUCCUCGACUUCCACCCCAGCAGCUGAUCAAGGCCAUGCUGAGCCGGCAGCCUCCUUUUAUCGGUCUAUUCCUCAAAACUCGCAGACAAAAGCUUCGCCUCCAGCACCCAAUUUCGGCCAUAGCAUCCUAGGCACGCUCAACCAGACCGGACCUUCAGCUUACAAUAACAAUAAUAGCAACAACUCACGGACCGUGACAACAACGACGGUCUUUCAAAGAUACACAACUGCACCCCCGCCAGUCUUUGAACCAAAGAAAAAGCCACCCGCGUUCAACCCAAUGGCUCCCAGUUUUGUCCACUCUUCUUCUUCCUCUUCUUCCUCUUCGGCUACAUCUACCAACCGACCUCUGAUGAGUACCACCAGUUCCGGACCGAGCUCCUCAACGUACACCCAUAACGGGGCUCAACAUGAGAAGAAGAGCCAUACUGGGCUUCCCUAUCAUCACCAUCACACCAGUCUCAGUCAUUCCAGCCUCGGCUCGGCUAGUCUGCCCGGCUCAUCCAUCGACACUCACUCGUCCGGCUCCUCGCUCGAAUUCUUCCCCUCUAAUAAUAACACCCUCAUCGGACAUCCUCCUCGGCCCAAUAACAACAACAACAGCAACAACAGCAACGAGCUCUACUCCUUCCAUCCUCUCCCCCAUCAUCAUCCUCAUCAACAACCACAACUUCCCCAUCAGCCACUUCCUCUGCCCGCGUCUCAUGUCUACUCUAACCCUAAUCCGCUCCCUCCUCAUUCUCCACACAAUGCUCUUCAUCACCACCAACACCACCAGCAGCAUCAUCAUCAAGUCUCCAACGAGUUCGUCUACCAUCAUCCUCAUCACCAUCACCCCCACCCUCACCAUCCUCAUCUCUUCCAUCAGGAACAACACUUCCCUAUCCACUCUUCUUCUUCUUCUUCCUCUACUUCUACUCCUUCUAAUCCAACUACUUCUUCUAACACUACAGCAGCUCUCUCUAAUCAUCAUCAGCUUCAUUCUCCAAUUACUUCCUCUACUCACUCGCCUUCUUCUAAUCCUAAUCUCUCGUCUCUCUUGUCUGGCUCUCAUAAUGAGUUCAACUUUAUUGGUUAAAUCACAGAUUCUUUGCUCUUCUCUCUCUCUCUUCACCCUGUUUUCACCAUUCUUCUCAUGAUCUCAUUUUUUUCAAUCUUGAUCUUUUUUUUAUAUUUGUUUGGCUAUAGGUUGUCUCUUUUUUUUGGUCUUAUUAUUUUCUUCAAAAACAUUUUGGCUUGUUGUUUGUACAUAGGUGAUGAUUUACAUAGAGGGAGAGGAACAGAGAGAGAGAGAGAGAAAUACAGAUGAAAGGAUUGAUACUGAUUGAUUGGUUGUGUAGUUUUUUACAAGUCUUUCUUCUUUUAAUGUUUAUAAAAAAAAACUUCAUCAAUAAAAAAGA